AACACGCUGUCUAUGCCCGAGGACCCAAAGCUGUGCCCAUGUAUUCUGGUACCUCUAUCCCUGAUUAAAAUCAGUGUAGCUAGCCAUUCUCUGAGAGUAUAGCUUCCGUUUAAAUCUUCAUUUGGCCAAACAAUUCCUUGAUCUUGUGGAAUUUGAAACUGGAUUUAUUUAACCAGGACAAGUCAAAGCAGAACUUGAACAGAUCUGAACAGGCAUUAUAUUGAAGUUGACGUAGCUUGAAGGGAAUAGAGUUUAUUUUCAGUUGCUUAGUAAAGAUUCCAGAGGAGUUUGACAUCAGUGGUAGCAAAAUGUUUGGCAAACAUAAGAUUAGGGCCAUAUUAAAGUUUCUUCCAUUGCAUAAUGGAAAAAGCAUGGACUGUGAAGUUAGACCUGGGUUCAAAUUAUUGGUAGAGACAUUGCUGUGAAACCUCUGAAACAGCUUUUCUGAAAGAUAUAUAGACUUUCUGAAAUUUAGCGUCCAUAUCUGUAAAUAGCAGUUUCCUUCUGUUGAUUUGAUGAAAUAACAUAUGCAAAGCAUUUAGCACAUUAAUGCACGAAGACAUUAUUUUAGCAGUCUUAGUAGUUCUCUAGUAUGACAGAUGGUGAAAUCAAUUUUAGAUGCGGAAAAGUUGAGUGGCUGAAGAUGGACGGAUAUUAGGAAAAAGUCUCAAAAUCUGCAGGCUCAGAUGUGACAAUAGUUGUGGUGGAAUGGUGGAAAAAACACUGGGCAUUUGUUGUAGUCUUGGCCCUGUUGCUAACUACUUCUGUGGUCUUCAGUAAGCCAUUGUCAUCUUUGGCCUUGAUUUAUUUGUAAAAUGAAGCAGCUGGACCAGAUGGUUUUCUUUAAAUUCUUUCUGUUGCCCAAAUUAGAGCUAAAAGGUAGAGAAGACAAUAGCAGACAUUUAUUGAAUACCUACUAUGUAUUGGCUACUGUUGCAAACACAUUGUAUCUAUCCACUCAUUCUCACAACAAACCCAUGAGAUACGUACGGUUAUUAUCCACAUAUUACAAAUGAGGAAACUAAGGCUGAGGUGUUAACCUUGCCCAGGGUUCCAGAGCUUAUAAAUUGCAGAGCUAGGAUUUGAAUCAAGGUAAUCUGAAUCCAUUUUGUUAAUCAUUGUGCCAGGCUGCCUUUUGAGGAGAGUGAUAUUGUGGAUAUUGUACACUAUUAGAGAUACUGUAAAAGAAGAUAGGGGCAUAUUUGGUAAGAUGAUCGUCUUUGGUCACAGGUGUGUGUGCAUGGCAAAAAUUAUUUAAUUAAAUGGAUUUUGUCCUAAUAUUUGCCACAUUUCCUGGUUUGUAUUCUCUCUAUGCAUUCUGCCUCCUGGACUUAAAUAAUCAAAAAAUAAUUCUAGAUUCCCUUCCACUAACCAAGGCUAGAUACCCGAAUUUACUGUGUUUUUUGAGAAACCUUUGAAAGGUCUGACCUAGCCAUACAUCAGGGCUGAAGAAUCACAGCGAACCAUGUCCAUUUCUGGGGUAAGGUGGUUUAGGAUAGGCAGAGCAGCCUCAGCACCCCAAAUUCAUUUCAGUGUUCCCACGUUUGAGCAGACUUGGUCUUAAUUUUCUCAUUGUUCAUCAGAUUUGCGUUUAUAUGUAGGAGCAGAAGGAGUUGAAAGUGAACUCUUAAGAGCAUAUUUGACAUGGAAUUAGAUUGAUGUUAUAGCAGCUAUAGGUAGAAAAGGAUUUUAUAGUUGAAAAAGUUGAAAAGCUCAGUAUUAAGUAUCUGUUAUGAUGUAGUACUGUGUUAAUGUAGACUUCGGGCAGUUAGUAUUUAAAAUACUAUUUUAAAAGAAAAAAUCCAUGGCUAAAAUACUUUGACAUAAAGAACUCAGCAAGUCUUUUGAUCCCAUAUGUCAAACAAAUCAGUUUAUCGCCCUAUAUCUACUGAAAGACUUUGAAUAUAUAUUAAUACAAUAGUGGCAUUUUGAGAUGAAGUCACACUGUUGCUAAACCAUGCAUAGGUUUUCUAUUGUUUGGAUUAUAUGUGGUCAGAAUUCAGAAACUGACUUCUUUUUCUUUACCUCUUAUAUUGACCAUUCAUCAAGAAUUUUGUAUCCAAGACCCAAAAGUUUGUUACCCAAGAUGAUGAAUGCUGACAUGGAUGCAGUUGAUGCUGAAAAUCAAGUGGAACUGGAGGAAAAAACAAGACUUAUUAAUCAAGUGUUGGAACUCCAACACACACUUGAAGAUCUCUCUGCAAGAGUAGAUGCAGUUAAGGAAGAAAAUCUGAAGCUAAAGUCAGAAAACCAAGUUCUUGGACAAUAUAUAGAAAACCUCAUGUCAGCUUCUAGUGUUUUUCAAACAACUGACACAAAAAGCAAAAGAAAGUAAGGGAUUGACACCCUUCUGUUUUAUGGAAUUGCUGCUGAUCAUUUUUUCUUUAAAACUUGGAUAGAUUCCAAAAGUUACAGUACCUUUGUGGCUUCAUUGAAUAUUUAUGAAGAUAAUGUCAGAUGUAGACAAAAAUAACACAAUAACAGGAGACUUCCAUAAGUUUGUGUAUUAUGUUAGUCUAUGAAAACGUGCAAAUGUAUUGUAGAGACUUUAUAAUUAGAAUUGCAUAUAUUUAUGAAACUUAAAGAUGAAUGUUUUAUUGAAUUUGUAGGUUUAGCACUGUCUUUUAUUAUAGGAUUAGUAAGAUAUACAAGAAAAUAACCACCAUGUUGUGAAAAAGUGACUAAAAUCAUGUACUAAAUGCACAGCUUUAUGUACCCUAUCCACCAUCUUGUGCCUCUUCUCCAUUUGCCUCUCCCUUCCUAUUUCCCUUCCGCUAAGGAAAAAAAUUGGUGUCACAUUUGUAAAAGUAAUUUUAAUAGUUAAUCAUGUCUGAGAGUAACCUGUAUUUUAAUUGUUGAAACUUAACCAAAAUAAGAUACUGUCUCAGCUAGGGCUUGUCAUUUGUGUAUUUAGUGUUAAGAUAGGAAUGCUAGUGUCUCUUUAAUUAAUUGGAAAUAGAUGGAGGCUAAAAAUGAAGGUUUUUCUUUGAAACUGAAUUAACUUGGGAAUAUUUGUUGUUAAAAACUUCUUUUUGCCCAAAAUAACUCAUUUUGUAUUAUCUGAAAAUAUAUAAUUUCUGGUCAUGUGUAUGUUUAAAAUAGAAAAUUUUGAGGAAAAAUGGAAAUAGGGUGGAAAAAUACUCGGUAAACAGUAGUAACCAACUCCAAAUAUUUUCACUCCAGAUUUGUGUUUUCUCUGGCACAGAGUAGAUCUUUUGGGAAAUAUAUAUGAAAGUGGAUUAAGUUUGACUACCCUUAUGUAAGCCACAUCUGGAUGAGAACAGUUACAAAGAGUUUGGUCUCUAAGUUGAUUCGUACCCAGUGGGUCAACUUCUGCAAAAUUCCAUAACAGUGUAUUAGUAUUAGAAUAGUGAAUAAAAUGGGAAAGUUUUACAUGUAUACUUAUUAUCUUGCUCAGUAUUUUAUCUCACUUGUUCUAGAAUUUUCUGUAAACCCUGCUACUGGGUUUGAAGAGUUUUAGUCAUCCUUUAACAAUUUUUAAAAAUUUAGCUUCUAGAUUCCAUUUGGUAAGGAAAUCAAUAUUGGAAGUAUUGCUAAAAUCUUACAAUAUGAAAAGAGAUCCACUAAUAUAGCUUAUGGUUAUUAGAUUUGGGCUACUUUUAAUCAUGGAAUAAUCUUAUGUAUUGGUGUAAGAGUUGAUGAAUGACUUUAGCUGUAUGAAUAUAUAAUAGUCAAACUGCAAACAUUUUGCAUCCCUUUUGUGACCUAAUUUACAGACAUUUAAAUUGUGUUGCAGUUCUGCUUUGCCGUUUAAUAAAAAGCUGUUUCAGAA